AAGGGCUGCUAUGGCAGCCAAAAUGAACCGAGUUGUUGAUGAACAUAAUUAAAAAAUAAUAAAAAGAGGAAAAAUAUAAUGGCAAAAAUCCAAGAGUUACAACUAACACGUAAAACUACCUACCAUGAGCUGCCUUUGGUUUCAUCAUAUCAUAAAAAAUUUUAUUACUUCAUUGAUGAAAUUAGUUUAAAGUAGUUGAACUCCAAAACCCACUUCAAAACUGCCUGUUUUCUGCUUGAACCGUCUCAAAGGUUCAAACUAUAAAUCUUUCCUAAUUCCAUGGCUUUACCAUUACUCCAAGCUCUUUCAAAAUCACUGAGAAAGUCAUGGAAGGUUUCAAGGUUCUUCACCUCAUUGCAAUACUAUCAACCCUUUCGAUGGUUUCGGUUAAUGGACAGAUUUCUACAGCCUGCAGUGCCUCAAUGAUCUCCAGCUUCACCCCAUGCUUAAAUUUUAUUACUGGGAGCAGUGGGAAUGGCUCAUCAUCACCAACACAAGGCUGUUGUAGUUCAUUGAAGUCGCUUAUGAGUACUAGCAUGGAUUGUGCUUGUCUUAUUAUUACUGCUAGUGUACCUUUUCAAUUGCCCAUAAAUAGAACCCUGGCACUUAGUCUGCCUCGAGCUUGUAACAUGGGUGGUGUACCAGUGCAGUGUAAAGCUUCUGGCACUCCUCUACCAGCUCCAGGCCCUGUUCCCUUUCUACUUCCACCAACUUUGGCACCAACAGCCGCAUCUCCCUUAAGUCCAGAAGCUUCCAAAGCUUCAACACCAGAAUCUGACACUCCCCUGGACCUAGCACCUGCAUCGCCACCAGAAGCUCCCUCGGCCACAAUGAAUCCUGGGAUUAGACCAGUAUUACAGCCAUCGGCAUCUACUCCAUCUUACGUUUCCCUUCCAUUGGUACUCACACUAUUGAUUGGUACCACAAUUUUCAAGUUCAAUUAAAGUCCAAAUUGUGUUCUGCAUUAUUUGUUGUUUUAAAGUCCCUUUCUCUGUACGUGAGUUUAUUUGACAUUCAUUUGAAUUGUAUCUUCAACAUUAAAUAAAUAUAUUUAGCAUUAAGAAA